UUUCAUCUCAUUUAAACAUGUGAAAAUGAUCUUACCUCAUUAUAAACUUAGGCAUCUUAUAAGGUGUCAUUCCUAUCAAAAUGAUCCUGAAGAUGAUUAUUCUCAGAUAUGGGAUAUUAAAUUUGAGCCAGAUAUUGAAGAUAUAGAUAAAACAACAUCUAAAUGCGCAAUUGUUGGUCAAGAUUAUUUAAAUAUUGUUGACUGUGAAAAUGGUAAUAUUGAUAUGAAAUUUAAAUGUCCGAAGAGAAACGAUAAAGAUGAAGAAUUAUAUACUCUCUGCUGGUCAACUGUUCAAUAUAAGGAAAAUAUGACACAAUAUACUAAUAUACUGGCAAUGGCAGGUAAACUUAGAAGUAUUUAUUUAAUCCAGCCAUCUCAAUUAUCAUGGUAUGAAAACCUAAGAGGGCAUAAGGGUCCAAUAAAGGCUCUCACUUUUCAUCCUAUCAAACAUAAUUGGCUUUUCAGUGGUGACAUGUUGGGUCAGAUCAUAGUGUGGGAUAUUGCCAUCCCAACUAUACUUAAACCUCGUUUAAAAAGUAGGAAAAUAGGCGAAUUCAAAACUCCAGUUGGGGACAUAUUACAAAUGUGUGUAUCUUCCAGUACCGAUACUCUUGUCGUAGCCACACAAAAAGGAUUAUAUUUUUGGAGCGACCUGUCUGAUGAUAGAAAAAUUUUAACUUCUAAUCUCACACCCACCCGUAUUAUUCUUCCCUUUUCGCUCGACCCUAUGUCCGAUGAUGUAUUAGAGAUCGUGGACGGAUUAUGCUUGGUUUCGAAAGAACUUAUAGCUUCCAGAAGUUCUACAGAUAGAAAUAUAUAUAUUUGGAAUUUACAUUCACUGGGAAACGGGAAAUCGCACUUGGAUCAUUUUGCGGAAGAUAAAGUAAAGCCAGCCAUUGUAGCGAUCAUCGAAGGACCGAACACUAAAGAAUAUUUUAUGAAAAUGUCAUCUUCCUACAAUUCUAUGGUACCUAACGAAUUACCUAUUUACCUUAUAACUGGAGAUGAUUUAGGCAAUAUAUGGAUUUAUGAUGUGACAAAAGUAGUACGCGAAUAUACGACAUCACUCAAAAAUGGGCCUAAUCUUUUUUCUACGCCCAUUAAUACAAUAGUUGUUUCGGAAACAUUAAAAUGGAAUAUGGAUUUAGAAGUAAACUGCUUAAAUAAAGGUAAACUCGAUAAUCACAAAAUUUUGCCUAACUGGAAAAAUUUAUCAAAAAUUGUUAAUUGUGUUAGUUCUUCUUCAGAUUUGAAAUAUAUAACUGGAGGGAUGAAUAAUAAUAUUCUUACAAUAUGGCAAAAUGACGACUGAUAUAUAUUAUUUUUAUUUAUCUCUAAUAUUUUAUAGUAUAUAUAAUUG